AUGAGUUUGGGGAGCUCAGACAUGGCUGGAGGUGCCUUGGGAACGGCCUUCUCUCUCCUGCUCCUUGCCUCUAUUACACAAGGGCGCCAGGAUGUUGAGGUGUUCCAUUAUGAGAAGCUGGAAGCAGUUGUGGGCCAGAACGUUACCUUACCCUGUACUGUAAAUGACAGUACUGGUCUCAAGAUCGUCAGUAUUGAGUGGAACAAGAACAAGUCGGAAAAGCUGGCUCUGUAUUCCAGAGGUUUUGGACUCCAUCUGUUUUGGCCUAAUGUCACCAUGCAAAACACCUCAAAUGGCUCCUAUCUACACCUUUUUAAGGUGGAAAAAUGGGACAGUGGUAUAUAUAUUUGCGACUUUGCAACUUUUCCUUACGGCUCCAUCACUAGAAAAACAGUGCUGGUGAUCAAAGAUGAUGUUAAAAUAAUGUGUGAUGUGAAUAGCACUGUUGAGGUCCACGCUGGAGACAAUGUGACCAUUCAGUGCAGAGCAUUCCCUGAUGUGCAGUACAAGUGGACCAAGAACAAGAUGUUGGUGUCAGAGAAUGAAUCUCUGGAGCUGUGGUGUGUGACUGAGGCUCACACUGGGGUUUACACACUGACUGUCAACACAGGAAACAAAAGACUGCAUAAAGAGUUUAUCAUCACUGUGCGAACGGCAACCACAAGCUUAAGGACAGAUCUAGUGACAGUGCCACCGCACUCGAAUAUAACUGAAGAGGGAUUGAUCGAAUCAGCAGACAGCGGACGCACCACAUCAGCGACCACUGAGCUUUCAUCCACUGACAGCAGCCCAACUUGUACCAGGAGUACAGAUGCAACGGCUGAUAACCCAAACUCAAGAGAGCAUACGACCUCUGUAACAAAUCUGACACGUAUCAGUGGCACGUCAUCCCCGGCCACACACACCGAGUCAAUGCCCAGCAACACAACCACAACAUUCAGUUAUGGUGAUAAGGUGACCGGAUCAUCACAGGAGAAGAGAAAUGAGUCCACGGGAGUCAAUCCUGGUGCAACCCCAACCCUGAGCACCGGAAAUACAACCAUAAUCAUUGAGAAUGAAGAUGCUGCUGCUGUACGGAGUCAUCUGUUGUUGGUGUUAAUCAUCGUUCCAAUCCUGCUAUUGAUCGCCUUGGUCGGCUUCCUCUACAGGAGACAAAUUAUAAGGGAAAGGAUGGAUCUGCCUCCUCCGUUCAAACCCCCUCCCCCUCCAGUCAAGUACACAUCUGCAAGACACAGUGAGAUUUCAACACAGCAUUUCCCCACUUCAAGGUGUAACUCGGUAGCAGAACUUAAAGAUAUGAAACAAAUGUUUAUCAAUAUUCAGUGUAAUGGCAGCAUGUAGUGCUUGUGGGGAUACAGUGUAAGCUGCCUUGGUUGCAUACAGAAUUGUGGUUCAAAUGUUGGUUGUAUGUAUAUCUGGAGUGAGUGUGGUGGAUUCUAUACCAUUGUAUAUGUUGUACAUUAUUUGUUUGAGAUAAAAUGUAUUCAAUUUUCACAAUAAUGAAAAAGAAGCUGGUUUACUUUGACCCUGAACUUAUUUUAAGCUAUUACACUGUAAGGAGGGUUGCAAAGGGUUGGAAAAUGUCCAGAAACUUUCCAUGGGAAGUUAAGCUGGGGAAUUUGGAAAUAUAUAAAAAAAAAAAAAAAAAAUUCAUCCCCCGACCCACCCAUUGAAAAAGUAAGUGAAAAUGUAUAGUGUUACAAUACUUACUUAUUGUAAGUCGCUUUGGACAAAAGCAUCUGCUAAAUGACAUGUAAUGUAAUGUAAAAUGACCCCCCCCCCCCCCUCCAAAAAUCCCCAAAAGGCCCAUUCAACAUGUAAAUGAGUUGAACAUGUGAUCAGUCACAGUGCAUGUAAGAGGCGUGGCCUCAGUGGGGGGCGUGGCCUCAGCAGCCCUGCAGUAAGCUGUGUGCUAUGUGCAUGUGAUUGAGGAAUAGCAGAUAUUCAAGUGUACUUGCAUGAAAUCUGGUUGUUUAGGUCAAGAUUAUGCUGAAAUAUAUUUUCCCCGACAAUAUUUAGGUUCCCUGUUAAUGGGUCAACCUUAAUUUUUGUAAAUUUCCGGUUUAUUCACCUUAAUUCCCAUGGAAAGUUUCCAACGUUAAGAAUUACCUGAAUUUUGCAAAACUAACCCCCUAGUACUACCUUUUCUUAAAUUACAGUCUUGCAAUGUUAUAUACAUUAAGGGUGUCUUUCUAAUAAUGUCCAAGCUAUUGUUUUAUGUAUCAGUAAAUAAGCAUUGUGUAUUUGCAUAAAUAAAUAAAACUGUUGUAACUAUAUGGCUGAUUUACUUCAGGAUUUAUUGACCAGAGGCCGAAUGAUUUAGCUGUUUAGUGCUGAUGCUGUAAAUUGACAGGCGACUUUAUAUCAAAGACCACUGUUGUCCACAUGUACCACAGAGUGACACUUGAGCUUCUGGGCUUAAACCACAAACCACAUGUGCUAAAUGGC